AUGGAUGAUUCUUCAAAUCCACGACACUCUCCCCCUGGUUCCGACGAGGGAUCUCCCCCUGGUUUUGGUUCUGGGUAUCGUUCUAUUCCUUCGUCUGGUGGCUCUACCAGAGAAUCCACUCCUUCCGUCGAAGUCAACCCAUUGCCGUCAGCACUUCAACCACAAAGUGUUGGUGGUUCAAAUAGCGAGAGAGAGACAACCACCACUGGUGCUGGCGGUGAACCAAAAAAAGAAAAGAAUGUCACCAGUCAUUCCACGGCAACCAAACGCCGUCGAACCGGAUUAUCAAUGGGCAAAGAAAAAGUUGACGAUGGCAUUGCUGCCACCAGAACCCCCACUCCAGCGAAGAAACAAGAGAUUAAUCUUUUGAUGGACAUUAUCGAGUUUUACAACAAAAAUAGGACGUAUCCAUUUGAUGACUCCAACGACAUGAAAAUGUUCUAUAAGCAGUGGAUCAAGCGGCGUGCAGUUUACGCAGAGGAAGAUGUAAUGAGUAACAAAAUGGUUGAGCUGCAUGAAAGGUUCUUGAUGAACUUGCAGAAGACAUUGUCUGGUGACGAUAUAGAAGAUUGGAUGGAUCACACCGAUGUCAAAAUCUAUCGAUUAUCUUACAGGAUUUGGGGGAAAAAAGAUGAUACUCAAGAUUCAUCCGAAAGAACAGUCAGUGAUAACUAA